AUGAUCGUUAAAGUUUUUGAUAGUAUAUACAUUAGUAAUGUAUAUAAUGCAAAUGAUAUUUAUGAACUCAUAAAAUUAAAUAUAGGAGGAGUCUUAACAUGCUUUGAUUGUAAAUGUAUUGAAUGGUGUUCAUAUAAUAAUAUAAAUGUGACGAAUAAAAUUUUUUAUAAAGAUAUAUUUGUCAACUCUAAAAAGGAUUUAAUAAAAUAUGAUUCUCCUACUAUCAAUAAUAAAACAAUAAACACUGAUAUAGAUAUACAACAGAAUUAUAAUAAUGAUGACAAUAAUAUUAAUGAUGAGGGUACAUGUAAUAAAUUGAUUGAGACUCAAACAACAUCUAUCGACAAUUCUGAAAUAAAAUGUGAUCUUAUAAAUGAUGAAUGUAAAGAACAUUAUGAUUAUAUUAUUUUUCCUAAUGAUAUUAUAAAUAAUAAUAAUAUAAAGGAUUAUAUAAAAUCCAUGUUGAUAUUAAAAGAAGAUACUUACAUAGAUUUUGAUCUAAUUAAUAUGAACGACAACUUAAAAAAUAAUAAUAAUAAUAAUGAUAAUAUUUUUGAUAAUAAUAAUAAUAAUUGUAGAAGUAAUAAUCUAGAUGUAUCCAAUACAUCUCAACAAGAAAAAGAAAACAUGCAACUCCAUAAAAGUAAUAGUCUUUCCAAUAUUUCUUCUGAUAAUAUAAAUUUUUGUAAUAAAAAAUAUGAUAAGAAUCUAUCAAGAAGUGUAGAAAUAUCAGAAAAAGAUAAACACCCAGAAAAUAGUCUUCUCUACGAAUUUGUAAAUAAAGAUAAAAUAAAUAAUAAAAUAAAUCAAGAAGGAGAUAAAUCAUCUAUAGAAAAAAAUAAAUUAUCUGAUAAUAAUAUGUUACAUACACAUCAUAUAUAUAAUGUAUGUGAACUAAAUAAAUGUUUAAGAGAAAAUAAAUUAAUUCCUUAUAAUAAUAUUUAUAAAAUGAAACAUUUAUAUUUAAAUAUAUUAGAUACAUUCGAUGAAAAUAUUCUUAAAUAUGUAAAUAAAGCACAUACAUUUAUUGAUAGUGUUAUUCAAGAUAACAAAAAUAUAUUAAUUCAUUGUAUGGCUGGAAUAUCAAGAUGUUCAUCUAUUAUAUUAUCUUAUGUAUCAAAAAAAAACAAAAAAGGAAUUGAAUCAAAUUUUAAUAUAUUAAAAAGCAGAUAUCCAUUCGCUCAUCCGAAUGACAACUUCUAUCGUCAGCUUCUACUCUAUGAAAAAAUGAAUUACACUCUAGAUGGCUGCACUGAUUAUCACAACAUUUAUAAAAAAAUUAAAAUGAACAGAAAAAAUUUAGAGGAUUUAAAAAUUCUUAAUUUAAAAAAUAAUAAACAACCAAUAUAUAAUUUCCGAUGCAAACAUUGCAAUUAUGUCCUCUUCAACGACAAUGAAAUCAUAAAACACGACUUAAAAAUAUCUAAAAUAAAAAAAAAUUAUGGAAAUUCUUGCACAAGUAUAUUCAUAGAAAAAAAAGAAUGGAUAUUGACAGAAAAUAAAAUGAAAGGAGUUUUAAAUUGUCCUAAUGCAAAUUGUAAUAUAAAAUUAGGGAAAUGGUCUUGGACAGGCAUAUGUUGUUCAUGUGGAUAUUUGCAGAUUCCUGCUUUUAUGAUAAACUCAUCAAAUGUUGAUCGAAUGAAUAUUUCCAAGACAAUAUAA